GACGAAUAGGAGGUGGGCCGGGCUGGGCUGGGCAGGCGGGGCCUUGCAAGGAGCAGGCCUAUUAGACUUUAGCUGACUGAGGCAGCCCUGGACGGCCUGACUUGGGGCCUGAGCCCGGCUGCCCCGCCUGGUCACGCUGCAAGGCCGUGUUGGCUGGCAGGGGCUCAGGUCGCCGUGGGCCAUCAUUCCUGCCCCAUGAGAUUCACACUCUGCACACCUCCCCAGCCCGUCAGGGCCACCCAAGUUGGCUUGCUCCCCUCUCCUGGGCACCGGGCCACUGCUCACCCUCCCGCCACGGUUAAACAUUAGCGGCAGGUUAUCAGUCCAGGGUCCGAGGGAGAGGGAGGGUAGAAUCUCACUUUGACCAGCGCCUCCUCUGCUGGAGCCAUGGGUACCCGCUCUGCCUGACAAUGCCUGUGGAGGAGUUCGUGGCCGGCUGGAUCUCUGACUUGUUUCCUUGGCCUGGCUCGAGGGCCCUCACUCAUAGCACCUUCUUGUCACCACAGGAGCUCUGGGCUUGGUCCUGGGAUACCCCUUUGACACUGUAAAGGGGCAGAGGGAGCCCAGCCUGCCCGCCAGCUCUGUCCUCCCCACCCAGGUGCGGCUACAGACCCAGACCACGUACCGGGGCAUCGUCGACUGCAUGGUCAAGACUUACCGCCAUGAGUCGCUCCUGGGCUUCUUCAAGGGGAUGAGCUUCCCCAUCGCGAGCAUCGCCGUGGUCAACUCCGUCCUUUUCGGGAUCUACAGCAAUACCCUGCUGGCUCUCACAGCAACCUCCCACCAGGAGCGGCGGGCCCAGCCGCCCAGCUACGCACACAUCUUCAUGGCCGGCUGCACUGGGGGCUUCCUGCAGGCCUACUUCUUGGCCCCUUUCGACCUCAUCAAAGUCCGGCUGCAAAACCAGACAGAGGCGAGGGCGAAGCCAGGGAGCCCCCCACCGCGGUACCGGGGGCCUGUACACUGUGCCGCCUCCAUCUUCCAGGAAGAAGGGCCCCGGGGGCUGUUCCGAGGGGCCUGGGCCCUGACGCUGAGGGACACCCCCACCAUGGGGAUCUAUUUUGUCACCUACGAAUGUCUCUGUCACCAAUCCACGCCAGAGGGCCAGAAUCCCAGCUCAGCCACAGUGCUGGUGGCAGGGGGCUUUGCCGGCAUCACCUCCUGGGUCACGGCCACCCCCUUAGACGUGAUCAAGUCCCGGAUGCAGAUGGCUGGGCUAAACCAGAGGGCUCACCGAGGGGUGCUGGACUGCAUAGUAAGCAGCGCCCGGCAGGAAGGACUGGGGGUCUUCUUCCGGGGGCUCACCAUCAACAGUGCCCGCGCCUUCCCUGUCAACGCCGUCACCUUCCUCAGCUACGAAUACCUCCUCCACUUGUGGCAAUGAGCUUGGCCAGGCAAAGCUGGCAGCUCCCCAGCGAGACCACCGCCCAACUGCCUGGACCGGAGGCCAAGUUGAAAGCACCAGCUGUGAUUCCGAUACGCAUGCAGGAAGCUCAGCCCUUCCUCAUCAGGGCAUCUCCCAGCCUCGCGUAGGCAGAGGGGGCUGGGGAGACGGCAGCCGGGCCAGGACUCCCCCGUCUGGACGCAGCCCAGAAUCCAAGGCUGGCAGCCCUUGCCUUGGUUCCUUUCCUUCCCGAGUCUGUGAAGUGAACUCACUAGCCAGCAGUGCUGGUGACACUCCGGCCCCAUCCUGUGACGUCACUCCUUGAAGAGCUCUCAGAGGCCCCGCCGGGCAGCCUCAGCGCCAGCCAGGCCCUGGAUUCCCGUGAUGCCAUCCUGUCCUGGUGGGUCCCCCACCCCACCUCAUUCCAGACCUCUCCCUGCACCGCUGGAGAGCAGCCUUUACGACUCUGCCUGUCCUUCAGUGGCUCCCGUCACCUUCAGGAAAAAGCCGGAACUCUCCCAGCUCCUGGGCCCUCCCUGCCCACUAGCUUUCCUCCCCCUUGGUGGCCCUGGCAGCCCAGCCCCACUCGUGGAGAACAAGCUGUGUUCUCCCGUCACCCUCAGCCUGGAAGGCUUGUUCCCUCCUGGCCAACAGUGGCCGCAGGGUGACUCCAUCGUCCCUCUGGCUGAGCCCCUGAGGCCGACCACUGUCUCCUGGAGUCCUUCCUCAGCUCGUGUCCUCAUUGCCUCAGACUGAGUGUGGGGUUUGCAGACCCCCACCCGCCCACAUGCCUUGCUCGUAGCCCUCGCCUGUGCUUAUCAUGGUUGUUGACUUCUUGGUGUCCUCGCCAGACCCGGAGCUCCUGGAAGUCUGGGGUCUUCUGAUCAUUUCCCAGGAAGGAGCCUGAUGCAUAAGCUGCCGGUAAAUGGUUGUUGAAUGAAGUGCCGAUUCCACUCCGCACCCCUCUCCUCCCACUGCAGCCCCCCACCUGCUUCCUUGGUCCUGCUCCCCCAUCUCUGAGAGGUUGCCCUGCCCGGGGCCCCUCUCGGGGUUGUCUCCAGUGGAGGGGUCCAGGAGUCAAGGGUGUCUACUUGGCCCACUCCCAUCCGAUGGGACUUGUUUUCUUUACCCAUCUCGACUGCUAAGUGGGAAUUAAAAACUGACUAAGAGGGUUCAUUUAACUGACAAUAAAGUGAGCAGAAUUUGUACCCGCUAA